CUUUUAUCUCUCUUGUAGGGUGAUAGCUCCUAUGUAAAGGAUCGUUGGUGUGUGUUCGAUGGAUUCAUGGUCUUUUGUCUUUGGGUGUCACUGGUUUUACAGGUGUUUGAAAUUGCUGAAAUAGUUGACCAGAUGUCACCUUGGGGCAUGUUACGGAUUCCACGACCACUCAUUAUGAUUCGAGCAUUCCGAAUAUAUUUUCGUUUUGAGCUGCCAAGAACUAGGAUAACAAACAUCUUGAAGCGUUCUGGAGAGCAAAUCUGGAGCGUUUCGAUUUUCCUUCUGUUCUUUCUCCUCCUGUAUGGGAUCCUGGGAGUUCAGAUGUUUGGAACUUUUACGUACCAUUGUGUGACAGACGACACACAGCCAGGAAAUGUAACCUGGAAUAAUUUAGCUAUCCCAGACACCCACUGUUCCAGAGAGCUAGAAGAAGGUUACCAGUGCCCACCUGGAUUUAAAUGCAUGGACCUUGAAGAUCUGGGACUAAGCAGGCAAGAGCUGGGCUACAGUGGCUUUAAUGAGAUAGGCACAAGCAUAUUUACUGUUUACGAAGCUGCUUCUCAGGAAGGCUGGGUGUUCCUUAUGUACCGAGCAAUCGACAGUUUUCCCCGAUGGCGUUCAUAUUUCUAUUUCAUCACCUUAAUUUUCUUUCUGGCCUGGCUUGUUAAGAAUGUUUUCAUCGCAGUCAUCAUUGAAACGUUUGCAGAAAUUAGAGUGCAGUUCCAGCAGAUGUGGGGGUCCAGGAGCAGUACUACUUCAACUGCCACCACCCAGAUGUUUCAUGAAGAUGCUGCUGGAGGUUGGCAGCUUGUGGCUGUUGAUGUGAAUAAACCCCAGGGCAGAGCUCCUGCAUGUCUACAGAAAAUGAUGAGGUCAUCCGUGUUUCAUAUGUUCAUACUAAGCAUGGUGGCUGUAGAUGUGAUUGUUGCUGCUAGUAACUACUACAAAGGAGAAAAUUUUAAGAGACAAUACGAUGAAUUUUACCUAGCUGAGGUUGCUUUUACAGUUCUGUUUGAUUUAGAAGCUCUCCUGAAGAUCUGGUGUUUGGGUUUCACAGGAUAUAUCAGCUCAUCUCUUCACAAGUUUGAGUUGCUGCUUGUAAUUGGAACCACUCUUCAUAUUUACCCAGACCUUUAUCACUCUCAGUUUACAUAUUUUCAGGUUCUUAGAGUAGUUCGGCUUAUAAAAAUUUCUCCUGCUUUAGAGGACUUUGUGUAUAAGAUAUUUGGACCAGGAAAAAAACUUGGGAGUUUGGUGGUAUUUACUGCAAGCCUUUUAAUCGUGAUGUCAGCAAUCAGUUUACAGAUGUUUUGCUUUGUGGAAGAACUGGAUAGAUUUACAACCUUCCCACGGGCAUUCAUGUCAAUGUUCCAGAUUCUCACACAGGAAGGAUGGGUGGAUGUAAUGGAUCAGACACUGAAUGCUGUAGGACAUAUGUGGGCACCAGUAGUUGCUAUUUAUUUUAUACUAUAUCAUCUUUUUGCUACUCUGAUUCUACUCAGCUUGUUUGUUGCUGUUAUUUUGGACAACUUGGAACUUGAUGAAGAUCUGAAGAAACUUAAACAACUAAAGCAAAGUGAAGCAAAUGCAGAUACAAAGGAGAAGCUUCCAUUGCGUCUACGCAUCUUUGAAAAAUUUCCAAAUAGGCCACAAAUGGUGAAAAUCUCCAAGCUUCCUUCAGAUUUCACGGUUCCAAAAAUAAGGGAAAGUUUUAUGAAGCAGUUUAUUGAUCGCCAGCAACAAGAUACCAGCUGUUUGCUGCGAAGACUUCCUUCAGCAUCUUCUUCCUCAUGUGACCACUCCAAAAGAUCAGCAAUUGAAGAAAACAAAUAUAUUGAUCAAAAGGUAAAUCAAGA